GUCGCUAUAAAGCCUCUGGAGGAGGAGGAGGAGGAGGCAGAGAGCUGGUGAACAUCUGGAGCAGACAGCUGCAGGAUGCGCUUCUUCACUCUGCUCUGGACUCUGAGCUUCCUGCUCACUGAGACGCAGGCAUGGGGCUACAGGAACGGAAUAUUUCACAACUCCAUCUGGCUCGAACAGGCAGCUGGAGUUUACCACCGCGAGUCCCGUAAAGGCAGAUACCAGCUGACCUACAGAGAGGCCCGGGCCGUCUGCAAGUACGAGGGCGGGAAGCUCGCCACUUACCAACAACUGGAGGCGGCUCGCCAGAUAGGUUUCCAUGUGUGUGCAGCUGGAUGGUUCGAUAAAGGUCACGUGGGUUACCCCAUCGUCAAGGCCGGAGCCAACUGUGGCUUUGGGAAGAUCGGCAUCGUCGACUACGGACACAGACGGAACAAAAGUGAGAGAUGGGACGUUUACUGCUACAACCCAAACUCUAAGGAGUGUGGGGGCGUCCUGACGGAGCAGCAGAAGCUCAUCAAGUCUCCGGGUUUCCCCGACGAGUACCAGGACGAGCAGAUCUGUUACUGGCACAUCCGGGUCCGGCUGGGCCAGAAGAUCCGGCUGCACUUCCUGGAGUUCGACGUGGAGGAGGACACGGGCUGCCUGGCCGACUACCUGGAGGUCUACGACAGCUACGACGACGUGUCCGGCUUCGCUGGCAGAUUCUGUGGUGAUUAUUUACCUGACGACAUCAUCAGUACAGGUAACGUGUUGACGCUGAAGUUCCUGUCCGAUGCGUCGGUCACGGCCGGAGGCUUCCAGCUGCAAUAUGACGCCUUUAACGCAUCGAUGUUUCAUCACAAUUAUCACAAUCAAACUAAUAUAUUCCACUGACGGUUUCACACUGAUCUCAUCCUGUUGCUGUUUUCAUAAAUUACUGUAAUUAAUAAUAAGUCUUUUAAGCUGUUAAGGAAAUGUUUCUGUCAUUACUGGGUUUUUUUGUUCUUAAUAAAAUAACACUCCUGA